CAUAUAAAUAGGCUGUGUGAGGGUCGACUAGGGAAAAUCUCAAUGUUUCUGUCAGACAAGGACACCUUGUACUCGGUCGGGUCUGGACCAUGAGAGGCGACAUGGAAGCCACCAAGUCCCCACCGGAGGCUCGAAGAAAGCUCCUGAAACCACAAGUAGAACGACGAAGACGAGAGAGAAUCAACAGCUGCCUGGAGAAAAUGAGACUUCUCUUAUCUGAGGCCAUGAAAGACGAGCAGAAGCUCAAGAAUCCAAAGAUGGAGAAAGCAGAGAUCCUGGAGUACACGGUCGAAUAUCUUCAGUCUAAAAUCUGGUCCACAGAGAGGUUCCAUGAAGACCUCCAAUCUGUUGAUUACCGAUCCGGCUUCCAACAAUGUCUUCGGACCACCGUGAAUUUCAUCACCCGGAAUCGGCAGUUGUCUUCUUCAAGCAAGGACUUCUUGUGCCAAAACUUGUCUUCUACAAGAAUGUCUUCUAGAGUUGACCAACGUUCUCUCCGCUUCCGUAGGUCAUUGCAUCCCACGUCUACAGAAAAUCCAAAACGGCUUGACCACCAUAAUCGCAACCCCGUUGUAAAUAAUGCUGAUGUUGAUAUCCAAAGUGACUGGCAUCCUGACCAAACGUGCAAGUCCUGGAGACCAUGGCUGUAGGCGGUUGUACUGAGAUACCACAGCUAUGAAGGAUACAAAGUUGCACUUGGACCCUGGGCCCUUGGGCCCAAGGUGGCUCAACGGCCACUAGACCAUUUAUAAAGACACCGGUAUUAUAAAUAAGGUUAUGCUUUAGGCAGGGGUCAAGUCCUAGGAAAAAAGUAAAAAAAAAGUAUGGGAACUCACCCAAGAUUCCCACUCAAGGGCUGGUCCUGCAGGACUCCUGCUAAUGGGAAUGGUGUUCCUGCUAUGGAAAAAGUUCAGAAUCUAAGUUUCCAUGCGUUCAUGCAGAACUUGAGCCCUAGGCUUAGGGUUCAGAACCCUUAAGUUAAGAUUCAUGUAGACACGAACAAUAGUUCUUUAUAUCUUGUAUUUUGUAUUACAAAAUUUUGGGCCUACAACGUCUUGGUGGCCAAUUAGACGUAAGAGGUUGGUGUAAAUCAGAGUGGGAGUGGGCAAAGGGGACACGUUGCCCACAUUUAUUUUGCUACACGUAGAACAUUUAACAGAGAGGCAAAGUGUUUACUUGUCCAAGACCCUCUUUUCCUAGGGGUCACUUUAUGAUGGGAACUUCAUGAACUUACUAUUGACCCCUUAAGUGCCUUAGUCCACAAGUAAUGUAAAAAUAACCAUUACACUGUGUGAUUUAACUAUUAUUCUUUCUCUAUAUUGAAUUCACAAGAAAAUCUUUGUUAAAUGAUGAGCAGGUGGGCCCUACCCAGGGUCCAGUUUUUCAAUAAAACAGGCCAUUUUGCUAUAAUCUAUGAUCACAUUGGGUAAGGUCAUAUCACAAUCCAGCCUUGGUUCCCACUGGAUAAAUAUUUAGGAAAAUACAUUGCCCCUUAACAGGCACUUAAAAUGACCCUUUUUACCCAUUGAAUUAACCAGAAGAAGCUGGGUCCUGACCCUGAAGCUACAACAUCGGGGCAUUGAUAGCCUCGAUAUCAGGGGUUAAGAGAGCCCUUCCCCGUAUAUAAAGUUAGCAGGCAAUAGUGAUAAUAGCAACCAUAAGGCAUGAAUCGAAGGGUACUUGGAGUACGAUAUAGUAUAUAACAGUGUUUCCCCUGAUGUGUUUCGGUUGUGCCUUAAAGAGGUAUUCUGCUUGUAUAUUGCUUGGGGGAAUAAAAGCUGUACUUACCUACUCCUCAUCCCCGGCAGCUCCCAUUUGUCUCCUUCUAGUCCCCCGAUGCUCCUGUCUCCUUUCUGCUUCCUAGACAAGAGCUCAGCCAAUCACUGGCCAAGACAGGAUACUGCUGCGGUCAGUGAUUGGCUGAGCAGGCAGGUCCUGCUCUGUGAUCUCAUGUCACAAGCAGAAGAAGACAGGAGCAUAGGGGGACCAGAAGGAGUGGAACAGGAACUGCGGGGGACCUGGGGUAGCAUAGGUUU